AUGAAAGCUGUUUACUUGAGAUCCGCCAACUACAACGCCUCGAACUACAACGCUGCGAACUACAACGCCGCGAACUACAACGGUGCGAACUACAACGCCUCGAACUACAACGCCUCGAACUACAACGCUGCGAACUACGACGCCGCGAACUACAACGCUGCGAACUACAACGCCGCGAACUACAACGCCGCGAACUACAACGCCGCGAACUACAACGCUGCGAACUACAACGCCGCCAGCUACAGAUCCGUCAACUACAGCGCCGCUAACUACAGGGCCGCCAGCUACAGAUCCGUCAACUACAGCGACGCCAGCUACAGAUCCGUCAACUACAACGCCGCCAGCUACAGAUCCAUCAACUACAGGGCCGCUAACUACAGGGCCGCCAGCUACAGAUCCAUCAACUACAGCGACGCCAGCUACAGAUCCAUCAACUACAGCGACGCCAGCUACAGAUCCGUCAACUACAACGCCGCCAGCUACAGAUCCGUCAACUACAGGGCCGCUAACUACAGGGCCGCCAGCUACAGAUCCAUCAACUACAGCGACGCCAGCUACAGAUCCAUCAACUACAGCGCCGCUAACUACAGGGCCGCCAGCUACAGAUCCAUCAACUACAGGGCCGCCAGCUACAGAUCCAUCAACUACAGCGACGCCAGCUACAGAUCCGUCAACUANCAAUGUUUGCCAAGAGUUCGGCAACACGGCGUUGUGCGUACCUGCAAGUAG